AUGCGGACUCUAUUUCUGCGGCCGUCGGCCGUGUCGUCCAUUGUGGGCUCUCUCGGCCGACAGCGUGCCAGCACGCAGCCGUCGUCGCAAGGCUGGGCCUGUGUCAAGUGCCGGCGGGGCCAACUGAACGGCCAGCGCACCACGGCCGGUGUCCGCUUCUCGUCAUCAGCAUCGACCGCAACGAACCCAGCAAGCAGCGCCAGAGCAGGCGGCCGGACCGUUCCUCCACCACCGCCACGCUCGUCGCGCGGCCGGCGGGCCAUCCUGCUCACGGCAAGCGGCAGUGCGGCCACGGCAACGAUCCUGGCCUUCACCGACGACAUCAAGCAGAGCUACGAGACGGUCGAGCGGACAGGCCGCGUGGCCGCGACACUGGUGCUCUGCAUCAACGAGUAA